CUGACAGGCCAGAGAGGCGGACAGACCCGCCCCGGAUUCCUGGUGACGUCAUGAAAGGACAAAUCGAUUUACCGCGAGGUCAUUCGGCCUCUCCGAGCAGCCGGUGAAGCUCAGCCGAGGCGCCAUCUUAAGACACUGACAGACGCAGCUCCGCCGGCAGGCAGGAUAUCGCCAUGUACCCGACGGCUUUGACGCAGCUGGCCAGGGGUAACCCUUUCAGUGCUCCCCUGUUCAGUCUCCAGAAAGUGGAAGAACCCCAACAGCACCUCCAUGGACAGAGGACCCGCAGACUGGCAGCAGCCGCAACGGCAGACGAGGAUGUCAGCUGCGAGUUUGGCUCCUCAAAGUACUAUGCCCUGUGUGGCUUUGGGGGUAUCCUGAGCUGCGGCAUCACACACACAGCAGUGGUGCCCCUCGACCUUGUCAAGUGCCGCCUGCAGGUGAGCCCAGAUAAAUACAAGAGCAUUGGUAACGGCUUUGCCGUAACGGUGAGAGAAGAUGGUUUCAGAGGACUGGCAAAGGGCUGGGCUCCUACCUUCAUUGGCUACUCCAUGCAGGGACUGUGCAAGUUUGGCUUUUACGAAGUGUUCAAGAUCUUCUACAGUGACCUGCUGGGAGAGGAGAAUACCUACCUGUGGAGGACAUCACUGUACCUGGCUGCCUCAGCCAGCGCAGAGUUCUUUGCUGACAUUGCCCUGGCUCCCAUGGAGGCCUGCAAAGUUCGUAUUCAGACCCAGCCGGGCUACGCCAACACCCUCAGACAGUGUGCCCCCAAGAUGUAUGCAGAGGAGGGGCUGUGGGCUUUCUAUAAGGGUGUGGUGCCCCUGUGGAUGAGGCAGAUCCCCUACACCAUGAUGAAAUUUGCCUGCUUUGAGCGCACCGUGGAGAUGCUCUACAAGUAUGUUGUUCCCAAACCCCGCAGUGAGUGCAGCAAACCUGAGCAGCUGGUUGUCACCUUUGUGGCCGGUUACAUCGCUGGUGUGUUCUGUGCCAUCGUGUCCCACCCUGCUGAUUCUGUAGUGUCUGUGCUGAACAAGGAAAAGGGCAGCACUGCAGUCCAGGUCCUCAAAAGGCUGGGACCCAAAGGUGUGUGGAAGGGUCUGGUUGCCCGUAUCAUCAUGAUUGGUACUCUGACCGCCCUGCAGUGGUUCAUCUACGACUCUGUGAAGGUCUACUUCCGCCUGCCCCGCCCUCCUCCCCCUGAGAUGCCAGAGUCUCUGAAAAAGAAGCUUGGCCUCACAGAGUAACACCUGCCCAGUUCCUCCACUGAGCUGCAGUCUCCAGAGCAGAUGCAUCUGAACCCUCCCCAACUUCCACAGCGCACACAGCAGUUUUCUAUAUUUAUGUCUUCAGCUCCUGCUGCUCCACACAGAGCAUAGGGCUGCUACUUCUCAUGUAUAUUUUAAAACCCAAAAGGAGAGAAGAUGGAGCUGUGGCUCUUGGUUGACCAAGAGUGACAGAAAAUAUUCCUCUGUAGAAACACCAGUCUGGUUUUAUCAAUUCCUGUCAUUAGAAUAUGUGGAAAUUCUAAUUAAAGAAAUGUUUCCCUGGAAAACACCA